GCACCAGGCCGCGGACCGUCCGGCCCCUGCGCGCGGACCGUCCGCCCCUGUGCAGAGGGCACCGCCGCCGGUUCUUCUUGAGUGAUUGGCGCUCCGAAAAAGCGUCAACAUACUUUUGGCGACUCCGCUGGGGAAUAGGUGUCUAGAUCUGCUAAAAAUCGGCCCAUAAAUGGCCGGUUCUAAGGAUCACACCAAGAUCUCCACUACCAACAUCAUCAAGCCGGCCAUGGAGGCGCUCCCGGCUGAUGACCAAAGGCCCUUUGAAGACCUCGUAAUGCGCGAUGAGAAGGAGGUGAUGCGGCAAUGGAACGAACAACGCGACAAGGAAGAGGCGGAACUGCUACAUAAACUCUCCGAACGGCGCAAGGAGGCGGCGGACAAGUACUUGUCACACUUCACGGUAGAUCGCCACCAGAAGAUCGUCCGCCAAGGGGAGAUCGAUAUGGAAUCUCUCCUACCUCCACUUCAGGGUCCCGCUGUGAUGUGUGACUGCUACACGCCACAAGGCGAGCCAAUCCCCAGUAACAAGAGGUACAAAGCUGCCACGGUUUUCAGCCACCCCGAUGUUGCAGCUGAGGUGCCAUGGUACGGUAUUGAGCAGGAGUACACUCUCCUUCAGAAGGAUGUGAGCUGGCCCCUUGGCUGGCCUGUUGGUGGAUACCCUGGUCCCCAGGGACCAUACUACUGUGCUGCCGGUGCCGAUAAGGCCUUUGGGCGCGACGUGGUUGACGCCCACUACAAAGCCUGCCUCUACGCCGGCAUCAACAUCAGCGGCAUCAACGGCGAAGUCAUGCCUGGACAGUGGGAGUUCCAAGUCGGGCCGUCCGUUGGGAUCUCUGCCGGCGACGAGAUAUGGGUCGCCCGCUACAUUCUCGAGAGGAUCACUGAGAUGGCCGGAAUCGUUCUCUCCCUCGACCCGAAGCCGAUCAAGGGUGACUGGAACGGCGCCGGCGCUCACACCAACUACAGCACCAAGUCGAUGAGGGAGGCCGGUGGCUACGAGGUGAUCAAGGAGGCGAUCGAGAAGCUGGGGAAGAGGCACAGGGAGCACAUCGCCGCGUACGGCGAGGGCAACGAGCGCCGCCUCACGGGCCGCCACGAGACCGCCGACAUCAACACCUUCAAAUGGGGCGUGGCGAACCGCGGCGCGUCCAUCCGCGUCGGCCGCGACACCGAGAAGGAGGGCAAGGGAUAUUUCGAGGACCGCAGGCCGGCUUCCAACAUGGACCCCUACGUCGUCACCGGCAUGAUCGCCGACACCACCAUCCUGUGGAAGGGAAACUGAUAAAACCACUGUUCUUCUCCUGCACGCAUGCAUCCGCCCCGUGCUGUCACUUUUUGUUUUUCAAAUUUCGAUUCCCGUCCUAAAGUUUGUUAGCACUUAUUAUUUCGCUCUCCAGUGUACUGCUCGGAAAGUCCGAAUAAAAACGGCUCUAAUGAUUUUGUUUUUUUUUUUAA